CAGUCGAGCCAGCGCUGGGAGUGCUAGUGGCUGGAGGCAUCAUGGCCGACUACACGCUUUUGGACAGCUCUGUGGCUGUGAUCCGCCUCCGGAACCCGCCCCUCAACACCAUUAGGUAGGUGAGAGCGGCUGUCGGGCCCGAGCUGCGAGCCCCACGAGUCACCGACUGUCCGAGCUGGGAAGGACCUCGGGGCUCGGCCCCUCCCGUCCGUGCUGGGGCAUCGUCCGCGCUCUGGAUCCCCACAGACCUUAGCAGGGACGUCCUUGUAGGAUUGGAUCGUUAGAGAUCACCUCCCCUAGGAAGGGAUCUGGACCUUCUAGCCAAGGACUGGCCCGGGCGAUCCUCCGGGGUCUCACCAGCCCGUAUUUCGUGCCCUAGGAUCUGCGCCUAGAAGUCAGCUACACCUAAAGCAAACAAACAACAAGCAUCUAUCAUGUGCCUACUAUGUGCCAGCCUCUGGGGUUACCCAGACCAAAACCCAUCAGUCCCUGACCGACCAAGGAACUUCUAGGAUCAUUGAGUCAAAGCUCAAAGGGACUUUAGAGGACACGAAUUCAAUUUCAUUUUGCAGGAAACUGGGGCCCCGAAUGGUUAGGUGACUAGCUAUCAAGAGGGGAGGAAGGAUUUGAAUCCGUGUCUUGUUUACUCCAAGACUGUGUGGCAUGAGCUGGAGGGGACUUGGAAGUCAUCAUCUCUAAGUUGGAGUCUGUGAACUUUAAAAAUCAGUCUGUGGUUGAGUGCCUGAAGGAGAGCCUGAGAAAAGCCAAGAAUGACCCAGCUGUGAAAGCCAUCAUCUUCUGUGGAGCCAAUGGAAAGUUCUCUGCAGGUGCCGAUAUUAAAGGUUUUCGCUCAACCAGAAAUCGAAGCCUUACAUUAAUCUCCAUCAUUGAGACACUGCAGGAAAUGGAGAAGCCUGUGGUGGCUGCUAUCCAGGACCUGGCUCUGGGAGGAGGCCUGGAAUUGGCUCUGGCUUGUCACUACAGGAUUGCUGAUGCCAAGGCUCGAGUCGGUUUCCCAGAGGUCAUCAUUGGACUUCUCCCUGGUGCAAGAGGGACCCAGCUUCUUCCCAGGCUUAUUGGGGUACCUGCUGCCCUUGAUCUGAUCACCUCAGGGAGACAUGUUCUGGCUCCUGAAGCACUCAGACUGGGGAUACUGGAUAAAAUUGUGAACUCUGACCCAGUUGAAGAAGCCAUCAAGUUGGCCAAAAAAGUUUCAGGUCAGCCCACAGGCUCUCGGAGACUCAUGAUGAGGAAGAUUCAGGAUCUGCCAAAUAUGGACGAGAUUUUCCAGGAAGCCCUGCUCAAGAUGAGGAAACAGUACCCAGGGUGUAUUUCUCGGGAAGCCUGUGUCCACGCCGUCCAGGCCGCUGUCCAGUAUCCCUACCCUGAAGGGAGCAAGAAGGAGGAAGAGCUAUUCCAGUACCUUCUGAGUUCAGGACAAGCUCGAGCUUUGCAGUAUGCUUUCUUUGCUGAGAGAUCUGUGGGGAAGUGGUCGACUCCCUCUGGGGCCUCGUGGAAGACCACCUCAGCACAGCCUAUCUCAUCUGCAGCAGUCGUGGGUUUGGGGACAAUGGGAAGAGGCAUUGUCGUCUCUCUGAUCAGGGCCAACAUCCCUGUUAUUGCCAUCGAACAGGAUGAGAAGCAUCUGGACUGGGCCAAAACAGCGAUUCUCUCCCUCUUAGGACGAGAAGUCUCCAAACUGAAGCAGAGUGGCCAAGAUUGGAGACAGCCAAGGCUCCACUUUACCACCUCCCUGGAUGAGGUAGCAGGCAUGGAUUUAGUGAUUGAGGCUGUAUUUGAGGAAAUUGAGCUGAAGAAACAGGUCUUCAGGAAAUUGUCAGCCAAAUGUAAGCCUUCGGCUUUUCUAUGCACUAAUACCUCAGCCCUGGAUAUUGAUGAGAUUGCUUUGUCCACGAGCCAUCCUCACCAGGUCAUUGGCAGCCAUUUCUUUGCCCCAGCUCAUGUUAUGAAUUUGUUGGAGGUCAUCCCCAGUCGUUAUUCAUCCCCUACGACCAUUGCCACCGUCAUGAGCUUGGCAAAAACCAUGAAAAAGGUUGGCGUUGUUGUUGGAAAUUGCUUUGGAUUUGUUGGCAAUCGAAUGCUGUUUGCUUUCUACAGCCAGAAUCAUUUCUUAGUAGAAGAUGGUAGCCAGCCAGAGGAAAUUGAUCAAGUUCUGGAAGAGUUUGGUUUCAGAAUGGGCCCUUUUCGAGUGUCAGAUCUGUCAGGAUUGGACGUGGGUUGGAAAUCCCGAAAAGAUCAAGGCCUCACAGGACCUAUGCUAGCCCCAGGAACACCUUUGCGCCAACGUGGCAGCAAACGCUAUUGCCCAAUUCCUGAUCUUCUGUGUGAACAUGGAAGACUUGGCCAGAAGACUGGAAAAGGUUGGUAUCAAUAUGACAAACCAAUGGGCAGGAUUCACAAACCUGAUCCCUGGCUUUCCAAAUUCUUAUCUGAGUACAGGCAGCGCCAUCAUAUUGAGUCACGGGUCAUAACACCAGAGGAGAUCCUGGAGCGUUCUGUGUAUUCCCUCAUCAAUGAAGGCUUUCGUAUCUUAGAAGAAGGCAUGGCCGCUGGCCCCGAACACAUUGAUGUAAUCUACAAUAAUGGUUAUGGAUGGCCGAAGCAUAAGGGUGGACCUAUGUUCUACGCCUCCGAGGUGGGGCUACCCACAGUGGUUGAGAAAUUACAAAAAUAUUACCAGAAAAAUCUGGACAUCCCCAACUUGGAGCCUUGCAAUCUUCUGAAGAAACUGGCCUCCCAGGGGAACCCUCCUCUUCAGGACUGGCAGAGUUUAGGGGGACUUCAGAUCAAUAAACUAUGACUUCACUUACCUUGGCUCUCCAGGUGAGACCUCCCAUAUACCAACCUCAGGCAAACAUUGUUGAAAUAAACAGAAACUCAAUCAAAGGCUUUCAAAAAGCUUGCAAAGCAAAAUUGAUGGGGAAAAUCAUGGGCAUGGUGACCCCUUCUGGGGGGUUGCUUCUGUAAGGUGAUUCUAAUAAUUCAAUAUCAUAAGCAACUUAUGGGUCAGAUCUUCUGGGAGCACAUGGUCGCAAAACUGCUUCCCAGGCAUCUGAAUCCAUCUCUUUUUACUUGAUUCUGUCUUGUGAAAACAGUCCAUGUUGGUAGUGUCUCAUUUGAAUAAGAAAUGGUUCUGGUAGCAUGCAGGGUAUGAGACAGGCUCAGAGUCACUGGAUCCAGCCAUCUCCACCAGCUAUCACUUUGUGUCUCUUCUCUCCUUCUUACCCAAACUCCUAGAGAAAGUUAAAGUCAGUGCCUCCAAUUCUUCUUUCACUCUUCUAAGUCCUCUGAAGUCAGGGUUCUGACCUCAACAUUUAACUGAAAUGAAUUUCCCUAGAGUUACCAGUGAUUUCUUCAUUGUCAGAUAUGAUGGCCUUUGUUCAAUCCUCUCUUUGGCAUUUGAUGUGGUUGGCCAUCUCUUCUUGGAUAGUCUCAUCUCUCUAGAAUUAAGGAACACCGUGAAGUUCUCCUAUUUGUUGACCCCUCCUCAGUCUACUUUGCUGGAUCCAUGUUGUGCCCAUUAACCAUGGAUGUCCCCCUUAGGAUUUGUCCUUGGACCUCUUCUCUUCUCUCUCUACACUCUCAUUUGGUUUCCAUGGGUACAGUAAUCAUCUCUUUGAAGAUGACUCCCAGAUCUAAGUGUCUAUCCUCAGCCUCCUGAGCUUCAGUCCAGAAUCAUCAACUGGGUGAUAGGCAUUUCAAAUUGCCAUCUCAUACUCAACAUAUCUAAAAUAGAACUCUUGUCUUUUCUCCCAAAUGCACCCCUUAAAAAAAACCUUCCUUAUUAUUAUCAAAGGAAGACAAGUGAACUUAGCUAAAGUAACAAGGAACCCUGAAGAAUAGACAGGAGGUGGUAUGUGCCAAGCAAGUCAAACCACCAGCAGCACUUUGACCCCCUCUCAAUCCCUAAUGGAGACAGCCCAAGACCCUUAACUUGAAAACAUUGGAAAAAGCAGUGAGUCCCAUACCACUGGACCUACUUCCAGCCCUGCCCUUUGAGGGGAGCAGUCAUCAUGGAGAAGUUGUCUGCCUUUCUUACCAACACCAGCUGCCACUUAUAGCAGUAAAACCCAGGAAUCCUGGCCAAAGUACCACCUUCCAGACCAAGGGUCCUGUUUCCAGUCUAGUCUCCACAGCUAUCAUCCUAAGAAGCAUCCCCUGUGGGGAUGCUAUCUGGCAACUGUAUCUGCAGUGUUGCUACCACAGCUUCUGAAGAUACAGAACAAAGUCUUCACUAUCAGAAUUCUUGCCACUCAAAGAAUUGGAUAUUAAGGGGAUGCCCAACAAUUGGGGAAUGGCUGAACAAGUUGUGGAUGUGAUGAAAUCCUAUUGUACUAUAAGAAAUGAUGAACAGGAUGCUUUCAGAAAAACCUAGGAAGAUUUAUAGGAAC